AUGAGCAAUAGCUCAUUCGUUAGAACUAGAAGGAAAGGUGUCAACUAUGGCACCACUUCUAGAAACUUAACACAAGAUAAAAAUAAAUUUGAUCCUAUUGGCAAUAAGCAAAUUCUUAAAAAACAGAAUACAAAAAAUAAAUUGAAAGAAUCCUCUGAGGAAGAAAAUGACGAUGCUAUAGCCUCGGGCAGUAAUUCAAUCCCCCAAGUAGUUAUCUCAAAUAACGAAAUUACAGAAAAUGAACCUGAAUCAUAUGAACAAGUUAUUGACAUGGAAGAAGAAACAGAUACGGGUGCGAACAACUUUCAAGUAAUUGGAGGUAACCUUGAAGAAUCUAAACAUAAUAAAGAAAAAGAUAGCAAGUCAGUAUCAUCCUAUAAUUCAGAUAGCGACUUCCAAACGAAAUGGAGGAAAAUCACUCAAACUCCCAAGUAUAAAAUUUGGACAUAUGCGACUAAGAUAAUGGGGAAAAACCUCGGUGAUAAAAUCGAUAAAAUUAGACAAAUCUUGAAAAAAGAAUCUGAUGUUGUCCUGGUAAAAUCUGAAAUUUUUGAGAACAAUAGAAUGAUUGCAGCCUAUUAUGACAACAAAGAAGAAAUGGAAAAGGGAAACAAAGCUAAUGUGGGCAACGAUGCAGACCAGCCUACUUACAUGCAUAGAGCACAGAUCUUUAAAAGGAAUCCUGAAAGAGAUCUCAUGCAUGGAGUCAAAUUGUGGGACAUACCUAUACAUAUGACUAACAAAGAAAUUAAAACUGAGUUAGAAUUUAAUUUUGGUAUAAUUGAAAGAAUGAAUGUAAGGACUAAUAACAUGUGGCAAUCUGCAGUAGUCUUCUUUAAAGAAGAAGAAGUGGCGAAAAAGGUUCUUGAAAAUUGGAGCAUUAUUAUUGGGGAAGACUCAAUUAGAGUAACACAAAUAGAUCAAACAAUUGAUUAUCUCAAGUCACGUGGAGAAAAUGCAGCCAGAGUAAUUGGCCUUCCCUAUGGUAUGACAGGUAGAGAAUUAUUUCCCAAAGUUAAACAAAUUGGUGCAAAAACGUGUUAUAUGCCACGUACUAGACAGAAUAGACGGAAAAACGAAGCAAUCAUCUCGUUCGCAACAAAGGAGGAUUUAGACAAAGCUUUCACUUUUAAGUGGGAAACAGAAGCGUUUAAAAUCGAGAUUAUUGACUUAACAAUCAAAACAUGCCACAGAUGUAAAUCGACGGAACAUUUGGCAGCAGCAUGCCAAAGAACACUCAGGGACAAAGAAUUUAAGAUCAAAUCAGCUGAGAGGUUAGAAAAAUUCGGUCCAAUGUAUAAAAAACAUAACCCAAAGUAUUUUAAUAUCCUCAGCAAACAAGUUAGUGGGAAAACAUACGCAGAAGCUACAAAAAAUAAAACAAGUAAAAUUUAUAACACCAAACCAUCAGAAUCUGAAAAUGUUAGAUUAGAUAGAAUUGAAAAACUACUAUUAGAAAUUUCCAAUCGUCUAGAUAAUUUAGAAUCACACGUAUGGCAACAAGCAGAACAAUAUUAUGAAAAUAUCGACGUGGAUGAUGAAAUGGAAGAAAUAUCAGAGGACGAAAGUACAAAACCAAUAGAUAAUAAUAAAAAACAAGAAAUUACAUCUGAAAAAGAGGUUACAACAACAAGACGAAUAUUAGACGCAGUUCAACAGAUUAUGGGUAGACUCGAAAUGUUAGAACAAAAAGCGAAUAAUAAUAAUCACAACAAUAAGUCAAAUGAUGAAACAAGUUCAAGUAGAGAUAAUAAUAAUUCGAAUACUCUUAAGGGGAAAAAUAAAGAAACAAAUGUACCCGUAACAAAAGAUAGGGAAAAAAUAUUUCGUAAUAAUAAAAUUAAUAAUAUAAUAACCAAUAAUCAAAAUAUAAACAAUAACAAUACUGAAAUAAACAUUAACAUUAAAGACAAUGAUAACUCCUUUUUUAAACUAGCAACACACAAUGUAAGAGGCUUUAACGAUUUUGUUAAGCGUAACCUUUUUUAUAAUUACAUUAAAAAUAAUAGAAUAGAUAUAAUGGGCAUAUCAGAAACUAAAUGUAGUGAAAACAAAGAAAAAUGGUUCAUGGAUGAUAAAGACAAAUUUAGAAUACACUGGUCAUCAGGUGGGGCUGGAUCUGGAGUAGCUUUAAUUUUUUCGAGGGAACUCAACAAAUAUGUAUGUAAUGUCAAAAAAUACAAGGGAAGAGCAAUUUCUGCAGAUUUAUUUCUACCAAAAAAGAAUAAAAUGCGUAUCAUACAAAUAUACUUAUCGAGUAGGAAAAAAGAAAACAAAGAGGUCAUUUUACAAAUCGAAACCUGGAUAGCGCAAGCACAAAAAUAUAACAAUUAUAAGGUAAUAGUCAUGGGAGAUUUUAAUUCAGUCCCAUCCCCUAACAUAGAUAGAAAUAAUAAUAGUCAAUCUGUUUUACCAGAGAGUGAUAUUUUUCCACUGCUCACUGGAAAGAACUUAGUAGAUAGUUAUCGCUUGACAAAUCCAGACAAUAGUGGUUUUACAUGGAAAAGGGAUAACUCCUUCGAACAAAGUAGAAUCGAUAUGAUAUGGAUACCACAAAAAUGGGGCAACAAAGUUGAAAGAUGCUACUUAGAUGAUUUGCAAUUGGUUACCGACAGUGACCACAAACUCCUGGGAAUAUCAAUUAAAAAAGUUUGGAGAAUAAAAGGAAACGAGGAAUUUCAUAUUAAUACAGGCCCACAAUAUAAUAUGAAAUUAAUGGAUGAAGAAAAAUGGAAAAAAUUUUCAGAAUAUGUACAGAAGAAAAUUAAGAUGUCUACCCUCAUAAAUAGAAUGGAAAAGAACAGCAUAAACUACAAUUUAUUAAAUAAGCUAUGGAAAACGCUUAAAAAUAUAAUGAUUGAAGCUGCUAACCAUGCAAUACCAAAAAAGAAAUUCAAAAAAUUCAAUAAAACCAUUAAUAAACAUGUAUUAGAAAGUGUCAAAAAAGCUAAAUCUUGUAAUAAAUUGUUUCAUUUUGUGAGACAAGAAAGAGCCCAUUCAAUGGUAUAUAUUAAAUCACAAGAAAAAUUUAAAAAAGAAGUUCGUAAACUUUCCAUUUUAAAGUUUGGUAUUGAUAAAUUAAUACAAGAAAAUCCGUCCCGGGACGAAUUCUUGAAGACAAUUCGCGAACAAAGUCUUAAAUUUCAAGCAGCGGCAAGAGCAGAAAAAAGGUUAGAUACAACAAGACGUGUUCAGAAGGCCGUAGAAAAACGAUGGGAGGAUUUAAAGGAUAACAAGAAACGAAUGAUUAAUAAUAUUCUUGAUAAACCUAAAAAUUCAAUUAUUAUGGAUCGAUUAAUUGACAAAGAUCAAAAUGGAGAAAUUAAUAUUAUAACCGACAGUAUAGAUAUUAAAGAGAAAGUACACGAACACUUCCGUCAAUGGACAAGGAAAAGGACUACAAAUAUACAACUAAUGGAUAAAUGGAAAAAAUGGUAUGAACCGAUACCUACAAUUAAUUUUAGAUGGUAUAACUCGCUACUCGAAGAAGUUAAUACUAGCGAGCUGGAAGAAGUGAUUCGUCUACUACCUAACAAGAAGGCACCAGGCCAAUCAGGAAUACAAUACGAGUGGUUUAAACACUUACCGGAAAACGGCACUGAGGGAAAUGGGAGUUAG